GGUUAGCUGUUGCGGGCUGUCUUCAGUGUCACGUGAAGGAGAUUACAAGAUCUAAGCUUGCGAGUAGGAGCUCGCCGCUCCUCUCACCCAGACUGGUUCACAGGUACACGAUCUCUGUGGCAUCAACACUGGUCCAAUCACUAUCGCAGAGCUUUUGGUCGUCAUGCCGAAGACCUGGGUUCAAUUCCCACAUCCAUACAAAGUAUGUCACCCGUUUCACCUGUCGCCGGUGUGAUAUAGCUGGAAUGCUGCUUAGACCUGUGUUCAUCCAGACCUCGUAGUUUCUCCAGAAGAACAUGGCAUGUAUAAAGGUGAUGCUCAUGCUGGGGUUUCUUGGUUCCGCCACGUCCGUCCUACUGGAAAGAGCCAACUUUUGUCCAGAACCUUCCCUGGCUGGGUCCACGAGUUCCCUGGGUGCACUGUGGAGCAGAGGGAAAAGGCAGCGGGUGGCGGAAUGUGCUGGGGACUGCUACAGAGACCCAAGGUGCAUGUCGUUCUUCUACAACACCGGAACUCUUACUUGCCAAGGGAGCUCUAACCGGUCCAUGUCGACUGAAGACGUAGUGCCUGGAGACGGAUGGGUAUAUUAUAAAUACUGUGACCAGGACGACUGCUCGGACGCAUACAAAUACGGCACCAUGGACGGCCUCUACACCAUUAACCCAGGGAGUGGAGAUGCAAAGCUUAAGGUGUCCUGUGACAUGAUGACACCGGGUGGCGGUUGGUUGGUAUUCCAAAGACGAAUGGAUGGGUCGGUGGAUUUUAGCAGAACCUGGGACGAGUACAGAAAGGGAUUCGGAUACAUUGGGACUGAAUUCUGGCUAGGCAAUGAUAAUAUCCAUUGGCUAACGUCUCGGAAAGACUACAAGCUUCGUAUCGACCUCGCAGACUUUGAAGACAACACAUGCGUGUCUACCUAUCAGCAAUUCGCCCUCGCCGACGAGGAUAGCUUUUACAUGCUGUCCACAGAUGGCUACUCUGGAGAGUGUCAAGACAGUUUCACUUACGGGAACGGUCGCAACUUCACAACCCUAGACCGAGACAACGAUGCCUACGCGUCAAACUGUGGCGCCCUCUAUCCCAGCGGAUGGUGGUUCGGGGAAUGUCACUCAUCUCAACUCAACGGCCAAUACAACAACACAAACUAUGCUUCUGGGGUGUGCUGGUCCAGGUGGAAGGGAUAUAAUUACUCACUCAGAUUCUCGGAAAUGAAGAUUCAACCAGUGUAAACCCUAGAAGGAGAAUCCUGAUAUGCCCACUUGUCAGAGGAGUACACAAAGUACCUGAUCAGGACUACCAGUUGUCAAGCGGCCAUUUUUGUGGCUCAGUGGGUUAGAUCGCUGCCUUUGUGUGCUGGAUAAUUUGUGCCUGCCUGAGUGUGUAUUGGAAUCCCGGAUGGAACUCACCCAACAUUGUUCUAGAAUUUCUACUUUUAUGAGAAAGUGUAAUCCCAAUAUGUAACCUUAUGUUGAAUUCUGAUCAAUAUUACUUAACGUGGCCGGACGUUCUACUACGACAACAGUAGAUGUGGCAUACAUAACAUGAUCAUGUGGCAUACAUAACAUGAUCAAAGGUUCAGGCAGGCCAGUAUGUCUAUUGUUCUAGGAGCUAAUAACGCUGUUACACAUUCUGCUGGGGACUGGUUAGUUCGCUUCUUACACGACAGAGCACGACAGAUAAUAUACCCUGCAAUGUAUUGUUUCGUUGAACUUAAAUGUGCUAUUCACGAAGACCUAACGUAACAUGGCUAUUUCAAAGGUCUUAAACGCUUAAAAACCUAUCAACUCUGAGCAAAGUUCUAGAACUCUCUUAAAGCUCUUGUCAGAAUGAAUAUGCCCGUAGGUACCUCAACAAUUUUGAAGUGAAGGCACACAAGUUUUAACUGCUGGAAUAGUUCUCGGUAUAUAAGGAAAAGGACCGUCAGAAAUAGUUAUUGCAAGCCACGUUUUGUGAGCGUUCAGUUCAAUUAAUGAGUGAAUCAUCAGUCAUUUCAAGGCAAACUAGUGGUUGAUACCAUUCAAAAGAAAAUGUAGUCAUGGUGAUCAGCCACCUUACUCUGAUGUCUAAAAAAUACAUAUUUUCCAAAACCGGAAGCCUAAUACAUUCGUGUUGAGAGUAGUUGUAAGUACAGCGUACGGUCAGAUUUAUGCCUGUUAUAGAAAAUAAGCUUUAACGAAAACAUGGCAAUAUACAUUUUAAUGGGGUUUUAAAAGUACCUUCUCGUAUUUUUUUAAGCUAAUGGUACCUUUUCCUGAAAUAUAAAAUAAUCAUGUAUGAGUUCAGUCAUUCUCAAGUUCAUUCUGCAUGAUACAUUUUAUUUACCAACAAAUACAGUAUUGGCAUCACAGACCUUGCUACAGAACUAACACAUUGAUAUAGCACACUAGAGUGGAUGCUGCCCACUAAAUGCUGCAUGUUUUCAAGCUGAAACAACAGAAAAUAGCAGAGUCGAUUGUACAGUUGUGACUAUAUCAUGAGUAAAUAUUUGUUUUAGCAGUAUUACAGCUGUACGAUGUUGUUUGUAAACAAAUCUAGACCAGACAAUCCAGUGAUUGUCACCGUGCGAUAAGGCAGAUACAUUGGUUAGAACCAAAUAUGUUAGCCAUUCGGGUGUUUUUUCUGUAUAUAUAUUUUUAAAUCACACACAUAUAAUUAUUUGAAGACGCUUCAAAACGCAUAGCCUGUUUUAUUACAAAUUGUGAGUGAAACGCUACAUGAAUAGUAUGUUACAUUGAUAUUUAACAAACAAAUACAUGUAUACAGGGUUGUUAUUCACAUAGAUAAAACUGAUGUUGCA